AUGAAUAGGUCUUGGAGUUUUCUAGUCGUUUUAUUAUCAUUUUGUUUAUUGGUGACUUGGGUUUCGGCUGAGUGUGCAGAUGAGGUGAGAAAUUUUAAAAAUUCAAUCGAUAAUUGUAUUUUUUUUUCAGGAAGAAGAAGAAUAUCCAACUCGUUACAAUAUUCUUAAUUUUGAAUGGAAAAAUGUGAAAAUACCGAUGACCAUUUCACUAUGGUUGAUUGUUGCAUCAAUUGCGAAAAUUAGUAAGUAAUAAAGAUGUGAAUCUGAAAAGCCAAAUAAAUUUCAGUUUUCAACUUGAUUCCUCAUUUGAACAGUCUUUUCCCGGAUUCUGCUCUUUUGAUUAUGAUUGGUUUGAUUAUUGGAAUUGUUUUCAAUCUAAUCGGUGUUUCAAAAAAUGAAUUCUUUUUGGAAUCCGAAGUUUUCAUGCUAUAUCUUCUACCUCCUUUGAUUUUUGAUGCUGGAUAUUUUAUGCCAGCAAGAGAGUUUUUCGAUAAUUUGGGAUCUAUUUUAGUAUUCGCGUUUAUUGGAACAUCUUUCAAUAUUAUCGCAAUCGGUAAUUUUUUGCUGUUGUGAUUCAAGAUUCUCACAAAUACUUUCCAGCUCUCUCACUAUGGGCAAUUGGUCUCACUGGUCUUUUUUCUGUCGAAACUCCUUUGAUGCAUAUGUUACUUUUUGGUUCAGUUGCUGCUGAUGUCGAUCCAGUUGCGGUUAUUGUCAUUUUCGAAGAACUUGGUGUUAGUUAAUAUGAUAAUCAGCAUAGUUCUUAUUUUUUUAUUUUUAGGUCAAUGAGGUCCUUUUCAUUAGUGUAUUUGGAGAAUCUCUUCUCAAUGAUGGAGUUGCUGUCGUAAGUUUUGUUCUAUUGAGAAUGGUAUUAUUUUUUGGUGGAAUAUUGGUUUAAAAUUCACGAUUCUGAAAUUCAUUUUGCUUUUUAAUCAAUCCUCUAUUCCUUAAUUUUCAAUAAUUUCUUCUUCGAUUCCAAAAAUCCAAAAAUUCCCCUUCCUUCUCUAGAAAAAACAAGCUCCGCCCAUUUCACACAUAUUGCAUGUCAACAAGCAAAACCCAAUUUAUGUCGGCAAGCCAAACUAAUGACUAGUUUUCCUGAAUUUGGGACAAAUUAGCUUUGCGCUGGGGCGAUAACGUGACCAAUGAGGCUUUGCCGAGGUGCGUUUAUUGCUGGUUGAAAACUUUUCCCAAUUGCCCGCGAUGUCCCCUGAAAUAUGGGUCGCAUACGCAAUUUUUGAACGACCCACCGGGUCAGAGAAUGAAAAUUCGGUUUUGUCUUCAAUUUGACCUUAUUUCGUGCGAACUUUCAAGCACGAUAUACAAAACAAUUAUUUGCAGGUACUGUAUCGUAUGUUCUUGACAUUCUCUGAAAUCGGUACUGAAAAUGUGAUCACCCAAGAUUACAUCAAUGGUGGAAUUUCAUUCUUUGUAAUUGCUUUCGGUGGUGUCGCCCUCGGUCUCAUUUUUGCAUUUAUCACCAGUUUUGUCACCAAGUAAGUUUCCUCAAAAAAUAAAGUAACCCGAUCAAAUUGAAUUAAGAUAUUCUCAACAAGUCGGAGUUCUCAAUCCAGUCUUCAUCAUUGUUCUACCGUAUACCUGUUAUCUUGUUGGUGAAAUGUUAGGAUUGUCUAGUAUUAUGGCGUAAGUUUAUAUGUAGAACUUUUUUUUCCAAAAUCAAUCAAUAACUUUUUCUAGUAUCGCAUUCUGUGGUGCUGCAAUGCAUCAAUAUGUCAAAGAAAAUGUGGAUGAAAAAAUAAUGUUAACUAGUAAUUAUUUCAUCAAAGUUUUAUCGAUGGCUUCUGAAACUGUUAUUUUUGUGUUCCUCGGUUUAUCAACAGUUUCAUCUGAUCAUCAUUGGGAUACUCCAUUCGUUGUUCUUACUGUAGUUUUUUGUUUGAUUUAUCGAACUUUGGGAGUUGUAGUUAUGUGUAGUAUUUUGAACAAAUAUCGAUUGAAUAAAUUCACAAAGGUGAGUUUUGAUAAGUGAAAACAGUGAAAAUGAAAUAGUUUAGGUUGAUCAAUUUAUCAUGGCUUAUGGUGGAUUGCGUGGUGCAAUUGCUUACGGUUUGGUUGUUGCUAUCCCAGAUUUCAUUCCGGCGAAAAAUAUGUUUGUCACAAGUUGUAUUAUUGUUAUUUACUUUACUGUCUUCUUACAAGUAAGUUAGUGGGAAUAAUUAGAUUUCGGAUUAUUUAUUUCUAAAACUAGAUGUUUCCAUAAAAUCGAAAUUUUCAGGGAAUUACAUUGAAACCAAUUGCCGAGUUCCUUCAAGUUGAAAAGAAACUCGAACACGAAGAUAAUAUGAUUGAAUCAAUUUACAAACAAGUAAGACUUUUCAAAUUCUGAGGACACCUUUUCAAAAAUGUUUUGUUCAGCUUAUUGAUCAUACAAUGGUUGGAAUGGAAGAUAUUGCUGGAUUCAAAGGACAUCAUUGGAUUCGUGAUACGUUAGUUCUUUUUAAGGCUUACAAUUAAAUUCUCUUAAUUUUCCUAUUUUCAGUUGGCAUCAUAUCAAUCAUCAAUACUUAAAGCCAAUGUUGAUCAAUAAGAAACGUGCAAGACAACUUGACAAAAGUAAUCUUGUUAGAAAAUAUAAUGUGAGUUUUCCAAAUUGGAAUUUGGUAGUUUCUUUAAAAAUACCUGAUUUUCAGCAUUUGAUUGCGGAAGAUGCCAAACAAAUUGCUCGCGGUGAUUUCAAUAAUAUCGCAUUCACAGAUGCUCUUUUGAGACAUGCAAAACUUCGCGGAAACACAGUUGUCGAUUCGAAUGGAAGUAUUCCCAAAAAUGCUGUAAUAAUGGAAAUUCCAGAAAAAGUUGAAGUGAGAUAUGAGGAAUCGGAACACUCGUCACCGCCUCCUCCACAUCCACAUCAUCAUGUUCAUAAUAUUUUCGAACAAGUCAACAAUCCAGCUCUUGAUUUUGAAGAGUUACACGAAAAUGAGCAAGAUGAAGUAUUUUAUAGAGUUUAG